AUUUUUCCGUUUCUCUGUUAUUGUCAAUGCCAAGUUCUUGGCCCGCGAGGCCAAGUUUGUUUACUUCUCUCUCCGGUGGGUGCGAUAACCCACAGGGACUGGGAGCGAACUUGACCCAGUUCUCCCAGGUUCAAGCCCAGCUCCGAGAGAAGCCUCCGAUCCGGCGCUUAUCGUUCGCCAAAUAGCGCGUUCAGUCUACACUUCACCGCCAAGAUGAGAGCUAGCACAGACGCUUGGAUGGCUCUGUUUCCGCUGGUGCUGGCAUUUGCCGUCCCCCCCUCCGGAGUGCUCGGUGUCCAGCACAACAUCCCGAAUCGCACGCAAAUGGGUGGUGUCGUGGCGGAACCUCGCGAGGAGCAGAACGCGCGACGUCUAAUUGCCUCGGACAUUCGCAAGUACAUGAACCUGAGUGCCGAUCCCUGUACGGAUUUCUUCGAGUACGCCUGCGGGCAAUGGGGGAGCUACCACAAGCAGGAGAUGCGUUCCGGGGAACUGCUCACCGCCCAGCAGAUGAUGGAGCGCCGGAUCUUGGAUCUCCUGCAGCAGCUGCUCGCCCAGCCACUGCCCCCUCACCAUCACCCCAACAGACACAACAAGCCGAACGUGGGCAACGUCCGCAAGGUGCGAGCCUUCUACGACUCCUGCAUGUCCGCCGAAGGCAAGGACCAGGAGCGGCGUCAGUUUCUGAUGAAUGUUCUCAAGGACAACGGAGGACUGCGGACAAUACCCAACUCCAACUGGCAGGCGAAUCGACAGUUCGUGCAAACCCUCGCCGAACUCAGAAGAAACUACGGAUUCGACAUACUCUUGGGCCUGGAAGUCGACUUUAACGUGGAGCAGAUGAAGGGAAAUAGUAUCUACUUUGGCUAUCCCAAGCUGACCAUUAUUCCGGAGGAGUAUUGCAGCUCUGUGGCCACGAGAGAAGCUCAGGUGAAUGACACGAUCAACGAGGAGGUGCAGCGACAGGUGGAGGAGAACAUUAUCGAUUGGUUUAACAUGGAGAGAGGAGAAGCCUCCAGGUUUGCCGGCGACAUUGUGAGCUUCGAGUUCGAGCUCUGCAAAAGGAUUCGGGAGGAGCAGAUCCAAAAGCCGGACGAAGAACCCCCCGCACCCAAUGGAUAUCCCAUGUAUGAAGUCCGCUCCCGCACGGGCCAGGACAGGUUGCAUCGUCACAGGAGCGGAAUGAGUCUGAUUGAGCUCACCAGUGAAAUGGGCAAUCAGUUCGACUUCAAACUGUAUGUCGAGCUACUCCUGGAGAUGUCCUACACAGACGUGGUCUACCUAAGGUCCCCGGAAUACGUGAAGCAUAUGGUUAGGACCAUCAAGACCCACAACCGGCUCACAGUCGCGGGAUACAUCAUGUACGUGGCUCUCAACGAACUCAACCAGCACCCGGACAGGGAUCCUGUGCGUCGCGCCCGCCAGUGCGUCCAUACCACGCAGCGUCUCUUUCCCCAGUUCAUGGGGGAGAUGUUUCAGCUGCAGGUGCAGCGGGAUAAUAUCAAGCACGACCUGGACGAGAUCUUCAAGAACGUGAUCAAGGCAUUGGAGGAGCAGUUGCAUGUGGAAUGGCUGGCCGACAACGACAGAAGGGCGGCCAGGACGAAACUAUCCCAGUACCGUGUCCUGCUGCCGGACUACCAGAGUCUGGAUCUCUCCAGGCUGGAGUUCCAGAAGAACGACAACUACUGGCGCCGCUUCGAGACGGUCCUGCGCUACCGAUCCCGCCAGCAGUUCGAAAGUCUGAAGGGCAACGACUUUGGCAGGGAAAUGGACGGCAUGGUGGACGGCUUUGAGGUGCGAGCCGCCCUGGCUCCUCGAAUGCAGUCUGUGGUGGUGGGCUGGGGUCUACUGCAGGCCCCCUACUACAGUUACUACUACCCCAAGGCCAUGAAGUACGCUCUGGUGGGCCAGAGACUGGCCAGUGCUCUGGUCCAAGCCUUCGACGAUGAGGGAUGGAAUCGCCAGCCGCAGGCCACAUCCCAGUGGAGCGAUCUGACCAUGUCAGGCUACAGUAACGUCACCGAGUGCCAGAGGGCGCAGUACAGUAGCUAUCUGUUCAACGAACCCUCCGAGUUCCGGAACACCACCCGACUGAGGGAGGUCUUGACCAACGGCAGUGGCCUUAAUGUGGCUUUCAACGCCUACCUUGCCUGGCUGGAGCAGCAGGACCACAGGCUUCGCUGGAUGAUGGCCAAAGAAACGCUCCCCGAUCUGAACUUCACCAACACCCAGCUGUUCUUCAUCUACUUUGCACAGGCGCAGUGCUGGGCAAAGGACACGGCGGAACCUCUCCCGGAAUCCAUGCCGCUGAUGCAGCACACGCCAGAGCGAUGGGACGUCAAUGGGCCGCUGAGCAACUCGGAGGAGUUUGGACGAGAAUUCGGCUGUGCCCUGGGCACUCCCAUGAACAGCGGAGACAAGUGUUUUCUUUAUUGAUGAUAAUGCUGAUGCCGAUGCUGA